AUGUGGGAAUCUGUGGUGGGUGCCUUCUAUGACGAGUUUUUGUUAUACACGCAGCACCGUUCGAGUGAAGUGCGCCUCACACACGCGGCGGAGGCCGCAAUGCUGCGCUGCCUCGAUGAAGACCGAGCCAGCGAGGCGCUCGAAGUGUACGAAGCUGUGUGCCGAUGUGGGCUUGUCGGGAUGUCACGAACGCUCGGCCGGAGCAGCUGCCGUACGUCACCAACCACGACUGCGCCACACACGUGCACGUCCGAGGCCUCUGUCUCCUUAGAUCAGCUGGCUCAGCGUGCAUUGACGCACGUGCCGCACCGCCAGUGCCAGCAUUCAAUGCUGGCACUUCUCAUGGCGGCAGAGCCCGACGCGCCUUCGCCUACUACGGACUACGGCGAUGACCGCAGGGCUGCAGGCUCGCCUCAAGGCAGUCGCGACUUGAAUGCGUCAUCAUGCAAUGUGUACGCGACAUCAGCGGCAACGGACGGCGAGAGAGGAGUGUCUGUAGAGGCCGCGCUUCUGUCACAAGGUGGGGCUCCCUCCGCCGCGGAGCAGGCGCGAAUUCGCGUUCAGCAGCGCCUACACGCCCUCCACACAACGCAGCAGCUUCGCCAACCGCUUGGGAAGGAGUGCUGCUUGGUGGAGAUGCUGCAGCUCUGUGCACCUUCCGGCGUCGGGUCACGCACUUUCACGACCGUUAGGAAGGUGACAGAUCAGGUCGAAGUCGGCCCUCUGCGCACUCUUUCACACGUGGUCUUGCAUCACCCCUUCACCCACAUGCAGCCCUCCGCGCCGUGGGCACAGCAGGAGGUAUAUUGGGAAGAGAUCAGCUCACGUGUGUGUGCGCAGUCUUUGACCCCCGCCGAUGCUGCCCGCCUCACCAAGAUCGAGGACGCCGUUAGCCCAUACCGACUCUUCUGCAAGAACUCGCUGAUGUUCCUCGCGCGGAUGGUGCCGAACUGGGAUGCGGUGCUGGUGCGCCGCGUCGCCGAGACGCUGGUGUUACCUGCCACCGCGGAUAGCGUUUUCCCAGAGUCGUACCGGCGACUGCGCUCCACCGCAGCGCAAAACAGGCGUCCCUCGGCGAGGGUGGCGCCGUCGAGGCCAGGAGUGGCUUGCGACCAACUUGCCGCUCCUGGGUGCUGCACUUCGUGGACAGACUCAGCCACGCACAAGUUGUUUGGAGAGGAGAGCUGCGACGGCCACGUGUCCCCACUGUUGCGAGUCGAGUAUCUUGUUAAGCGACGCGUACAUCACGAUGUCGUCGUUCCCGACACGGCAUACGUGCUGCAGCGUUUUCAGCAGCUCAAGCAACUGGCGCGCCACCGCGAAGUCAUCGUGACGCACGGUGUCUUUCUCGAUCUUGUGGCUGCCGCCUCGCUUUCCACCCACCCCACUCGCUUCCACGCGCGACGCGUGCUGCGGGACAUCAUGUGUGCCACCACCACGGCCAUCACCGGCAAGACGAGCGCCGAGGCUGGAGGCCAUCUGGACGUGCAGGGCCUGACGUCAGCGUCCCGUCGACGCCACCAGCAGCAGCAGAGCGGGUUCACCCUACUGGGGCUCCAAGAUGAGUUGGCGCUGCUCGAGCGGUGCCCAGAGCGCUUUUCCUUGUCGGAGUUCUCAUCCGCUUCCUCGCGCUCGGACUGGGCCCUCAUGGGUCAGUGGGCCUCGCUCGACUCAGCCACGCGCGUCGGCAACAUCGAAUACGGGGGCUGCUCCUCCGUCGUGCUCGUUGCGAAGCAGCUAGAGCGCAUGAUUGCAGCGCACGACCGCGGUGAAGACUUCUUGGCAAACAGCACGACGACUGUCUCCACCAGCACAGGCGUCGAGAUAGAUAGUCUUGUGCAGCACAUCUUGCAAGGCAACAGCAACGCCACUAGCCCAAAGAUGCCUUUGUCGAAGCAGUCGACCGGACCGCUCUUCAAGAACCGCUCCCGUGGUUUGUGGGCUCGCAUGCCAAUCGUGGUAGCCACGACACACGAAAGCACAAGGGCGGCGGCGUUCAUGGUAGGCCUCAAUAUGCACCCACCGGCCGGUGUGGCACCGUGA